AUGGUGGAUUUUAGCAAGCACCGGCCGAUCUAGCCUCGCUUUUUACUUCUUUCCAUGUUAAUGCAGAGGCCUUUUUAUAUUAUUACAUGAGCGUGGGUCGAUUGGGAAGUGAUUAUUUUUUCUCUUAGUCCUAAAUCUGCAUAAUGGAUAGCAACAUUUUAAAGGAGUUCGUACCCUUGAGCUGUUCCUGUUUUGUCCGUCAAAGAAACACGCAGCUUUUGCAAGCAACGUGCUUUGAAUGUCUUUCUAAAAACUUAAAUUUAUGGAACUGCUGGGGCUGAGUGAAUAGGAUUUCUUCUGAUGGUAGGACACUAAUCUGGAAGAAUCAUGGACACAGUCAGCGAAAAUCCUUCCAGUUUUCAGCCCAAACGCCCUGCACUGUCGUGGGGUGUGAAAAUCAAGAGGAAGUUGAAAAGCGUGGCUCCUUUCCUGGGCAGGUUCAGGCCGCUGGUUGGACAGUGCUGUCACCAAUGCACCCCGGAGAGUCUGGGUCUGAAGUUGCUGCGUAACACUCCUCCUCUGGGCUUUCAGAACCUGACGUGUGUGAACGAGACACACACCGGGUACCGUGGCUGGUUAGUAAGAAGGGUGUGCUGUUUGCUGUUUGUAUGGGGUUGUGAAGUUCACCCCAGCCCUGCUGGAGACAGACGACGCAGAGUCCAUGGCAGCGAGAGAGUGAGGAAGGCUUUGGUGACGGCAUGUUCCCCAGCUGAGACCAAGGCGAUGGAGCUGGUGACGCCUGAAGUCAGAGGUUAUUUAGACAGACUUCUGGCCCUCACGCAGACCUUUAUCUCCCCCUGCCUACUCAGGCUGGUGGGCUGGAUGCUGCUGAAGGUCUUUAGUUUAAUGUUCUGCAGUGUGCAGGUCAACCUCAACCAGCUGGCAGCUUUACAUCGCGCCACACAACUGAAAUCUCCACUGGUCUAUGUGUGUGUUCAGCAGAGCAGCAUCGAUCACAUUCUCAUUUGUCUGACUCUUUUCUGCCACAACUUGAGGGUUCCCUACACCAUUUACCCAGCCUACGUCCGACAAACCUGGCUAAGGUCCAUCCUUCAGAAGCUGGGUGUCGUCUUGCUCCCAGAAGGCAGUGGCUCAGAGCGAGACGCUGAGAUGGACAGCCUCUAUUCUCCAGUCAUGACCUCUUUCAUUGCCGAGCUGUUACGAGAGGGGGCCGCUCUCAACGUGGGCAUCUGUGCAUCCGGAGGUCACGGCGGACAGUGGUUGGCGCGUGUACAUCAGGCCAUCAGUGACGGUCUAGUGCCUGAUGUUAGCGUCGUGCCAGUGGGCAUUUCCUACGAUUCCCUGCCACGGUACUUUACACAUCCACAGGCCGGCGUGAUGUCUGCUGUGCGGUUUGCCAUCUCCCUGCUGAAGGGUGAUCACAGAGGAAGUGUUAGGAUCCAUUUUGCACAGGCUUUCUCUCUGAAGGAGAUGUGCGAGAGCGGAAAGUGUCGUGUGGAUGGAGGGCGCCCCCUACAGGACCUGCUGUUGACCGCUAUACUGCAUGACAGGAUGGACUCUAUCUUCAGCCAGAAGGAUGUUUCCUGGCUCCUCCCGCCCGCUGUCAUGCCUGAACUGUCUCCCGCUGAUAGACAGCAGACUAUCGCACUGACGCUUCAUUUGAUGUACUCUUCAACUGCAAGUAUGGCCGUCAUGUCUACCAGUCUGGUGUCCUGUUUGCUGCUUCACAAGCAUCGCAAGGGUGUGCGUGUAUCCGUGCUGUGCAGGGACGUCUGUUGGCUGUUGGAGGAGGUGUUGUUUAGAAACACAGACGUGGGUUACGGUGGCUCUCUAGUUGGUCUGGUGCAUCACGCGCUCUCUCUGCUCCGCCCGUAUCUGCUCCUGGCUGCAGCUCCGCCUACAGGAGAACCCAUCAUCGCACCCCGGCCUGAUCCAGACUCUCUGCUCAUACUGAGCCAGCAUUGCGAUUUGCUUAUUCAUGUCUUCAUACACGAGGCUGUAGGAGCGUGUGCUGUCUCAGCCAUGCUGAGUGAGGUUGUAGGCUGUGGAGGUGGUGGAGACCUGGAGUUUGAUGUUGUUCUGGGCCAGGAGGAGCUGACAGAGAAAAGCCUCCAACUCACACAUCUACUGUCACCUGGCUUUAUACCGCCGUGUCAAACCGCUCAUGGCUUUGCUCUUGAUGUGGUGGACAGCAUGGUGCGCUGCGGGGUUCUUGUUAUGGAGGAGGUUCAGAAGGAUACACCAGUGUGUGACUUCAUGAAGAGACAGGGUGUGUUGUCAUGGGCUGUUUCAGACAAUCCUGACCAGAGCAGCGAUUCAGACUGUGAGGAACCAGACGCACGCUCUUAUAAGUUGAGUCAGCCAUCUCAGUGCCCAGAGCUGCUGUUCUUUCUCUGUAGUUUACUGAGUGUCCGGCUGAGAGCCCUGUGCUGGGCGCUAGAAAGCCUCCAUUACCUUCCCUCACCUAUCACAGAGAGAGACUGUUUGAGCCAACUACACACACACUUGAAGAACCGAGCUCAGCUGGACAAAGCGCACUAUGAGAGCUCAUCUAUUGACUUGGUGAGAAUGGUGCUCCGUACCUUCAUUGAUCUUGGGGUGCUGAUUGAGGACAGGCAGAGAGAUAACAUGUAUCUAGAUAUCAGUCCUCUUAUCUCUCAGUGCGCUUACAAAGAGAGACUCUUGCAGUUUUUCAAACAGUUCAUGUAUAACUGAAAAGAUUUGAAGAGAAGUCAGUCUCAGCUGGGAAUGAUAACAGUAAGCACUUCUGAAGUUCCUGUUCAGUUCUUCAGUGUUGUGUAAAUCAUUCAUUAUGAAUGCUUUUUGUGUUUAUACUUCUGAUUUUCAUAGUGCACUUGCUUUUUGUUAUAUGUUUGAUGCUGAGGUUGCUUUGUUUUGUGUUAGGUUUUGUUGAUAAGAGCCCAGAAUUGGUUAUUUACCACAAAAUGACUACUCAGAUGGUUAAAUAAUGUUCUGUGUUUAUAAAGAGAAGAUAGAUUGCAUUGAAAAUAUGUUUUUUAGUUUAAUUGGAGUGUGUUGUUUAUUAUAUUUUUUUUUGUUUAACUGUAAUGAAUAUGUAAUGGGCUUGGUUCACUAUAUAAGUUUCUGAUAAUUGACCCAGUUGCAGUGAUUCUGUCAUUGUUUGAUUUAUAGUUUAGCCACACAGCGCUGCAAAUAAAU